UGUAUGAAUGGGCGUAACUGGACAUCUAAAAACAUCCGGGUCAGGGAAUGCUCUCCUCGGACCACUUUCCUGAGACACUGUUGUCCUGCUUCUAAUAAGCUUGUCCCAUAUCUACAAGGCGACUCUCAAAAUGCUAAGCGCAAGAUUCGCCUCCCGGUUAUCCUCCCACCUGCGCUGCUGUAACAGGGUACCAUGCUUAUUAUCGACUCCCAGACAUCCACUGGUCCAGCUCGGUGGCCCACAACUACUAUACUCCACCAGGCAGCCAGGGCAGACCUACUCCAUGCAACAUGGCUUUCUACGGCCCCAUCUACAAGUCACUCGGCUGGCAAACUACUCUGACCUGUCAACAGAGAGGUACAGCAUGAUCUACCACCUACCUCACAUCAAGCUCAUCCGCGCAAUAUCCAGGCUCAAACUGCUCCAAACGGGGAUCACCCUCGCCAUCCUGCCCCCUGUUUACUACUUCUACCUCAGCGGUGAGCUGUCCUACUUCCUGGCGACCUACUCCACGGGGAUAGCCGUGUUGGCUGGAGUCAUGCUGUACACGGCCAGUCACUUCCUGAGGAAGGUGGUGGGCAUGAUGUACCUGGACUCUACACAGAGCACGCUGAAGGUCUCCCACCUCACGUUCUGGGGCCGGCGUCACGACGUGUUCCUACCGGUGACGGACGUCAUGACGCUGGGUGACACCGGGGACGCUUUGACUGAGACCGUGUUGAGGCUGAAGAGAUACAGCACGGCAGAGACGAUGUAUUUCUCCCUGAGCUACGGCCGAAUCGUGGACAAGCAGGCUUUUGAGAAGGUCUUUGGUCCGUUGAAAUAAUGCGUUGUUUGUAAAAAGAAAUGGCUUAAUUUAUUGUUAAUAAAACACUUGUUAAAGUGUCAAUGAAAGUUUAAAUGUUUUCUUCCGUUACAGUAAUUCGUUAUAGGAUUUAUAGAACAUGCAUGAAGCAAACCUUUGAGGAGUAAUUAAACUGAAGCAGGAUGAAAUGCAAUAAUUGGGCAACAAAUAAUUCUAUCACAGCCACAAUACAUCAGUAUAUUCUACGUUUACUGUACAUUUCAGUCAAUUUCCACAACGUAAAUACAUGCAUUUUAAACCUUGGAUUUCUGUGUUCACGACAUAAUAGAAAAUCUUGCUUUGAAAACUUUACAAGCGUUGUCUUUUUUCUUGACCAUUAAUUACAAUAUGGGUAUAAUUGGCCAGAUAAAGGCCUAAAGGUCACCCAUCUGCAUUUGGUUUACAAAUGGAUUGGCUAUACUGUAGUGUGUCACGUUUACCACUAGAUGUCAGGACACUCAUUGGGGAAGUUAAAUGACGUUGAACCUGACAAAAUGACCAAAAAUGUAAUGAAACAACCCAGCAUAAAAAUGGUGUACCCUUUCAUAAAAAAUAACCCACUGCCUUGGAUAAAAAAGUACCAUACACAUAAUGAGGCACAAUCAUUAGGCCUAGACCAUUUUGUUUCCAAAAUAGAAAUAAAGAUGGGUCUACAUUCUAACAAUUAAUUUUGUAGCUGACUGUGUUUAUCAAGUCAUCCACCUUUUUCAGAUGAAGGCAUAUUUAUGAAUUAAUCAUCAAAGUUAAGUCCUGCCAACUAUAUACUUCUU